AUGGAUAUGUUCCUGCCUCGAAUCAACAGUGAUGCGGAGCUUGAGUUCUACACCAGCAUCACCGGCAAAUCGAGCUGGGUCCAGGCCGAAAAGAGAAGAGGAAACCCUGGAACUCUGGUGAAAUGGAGAGACUGGAAGGGAAACAUUCUUCGAAACCAGGAGUGGUACAACGACCCAGAGGAAAAGGACAAGGAUGAACCUUCUAAGGACGACGUCUGGGGAUACAUGAAGAGCGGAUCAGUUUGGGGAGCUACUCAAAACGCAACUCGCCCGUACGUCUGCGAGAUCAACAUCCAAGACUGCAUUGACGACGCGCUCAAGAACAUGUAA